GUGUUUUCCACAUUUUACAGCAUGAAUAAUUUUCGCUUACACAGUCACCACUGACAACACAAAGCAAUAAUACUAAUUUGUUUUGUUUUUAACCAUUUUCUUUUUUGAAACAAGAUAAUCUAAUAAAAUGCCUGCCAAGAAAAAGAAGUCCGGCAAGCUGUCAAAAAUGACAGAGGAGGAGAGACUGGCCUAUGAGGAACAGAAGCGUUUGGCUGAAGAAGAAAUGCGAAAAAAGAAAGAAGAUAUGCUGACACAGUUCUUAAAAGACAAACUUACAAAAGAAGAAAGAGCGACACGAUUCAACCUAAACAAAUUAAAUCACCAAUGGAGGAAUAUUAUGCGAGAGGCAAAAUCUAAAGAACUUAAGAAAGACAUUGAGAUUCUUAGUCAGACAUUUGAACGUGUAGUGGACCGGAAAGAUGCUGUUAUUAAAUCAUUGGCAAAGGAUUUGAUGGAAGCUGAAGAGCAGUAUUCUAUGGCCUUGAGAAGUCACCUACAGAACAUUGAUAACCUUAUAGAUGCACAGAAGGCCAGACUGCAAAAGCUUCAGGAUGAGUACGAUGAUGAGCUAGAGAUCAUCAGAGAGGAGUUUGACACAGAGAGGGCUAUCAUGGUGGACCAGCACAACGCAGAGAUGAACGACAUUGCCGAUAUCCUCUUUGCAAUGGAGCAGAAUUUCCAAGAGCGUGAAGCUGAGGCAAAGUCUGAGUUCCAGAGUAUGAGAGAUGAGAUCAAGAGCAAGAACCUAGAGGAGAAGCAUGCCCUGCAUGUGGCCCUGGACCACAAGGUGGAGGACCUCUGGCAGCUGUUGACAGAGGCCCUGGAGAACUAUAACAUGACCACUGUCGAGCGCAAGGUUGCCUUUGAGAAUCUCAAGGUCAAGGAUGAAAAGAGUGCCCGCGAGAUAGAGGCCAACAUGCGCAAGCUACAGAGAAUAUCGGAUCAAAUUGCUGGCUUAAAAGCAAAAAUGGCAGCAAAUCAAAAAGAAUGUGAGGACAGAAACAAGUCAUUGAAAGAGUCACGGGAGAAAAUGUUGGCGCACUUCCAGCAAAUGAAGGCAGAAAUGAACAAAGUACGGGAGAACGAGAGAGACAAACUCACCAAAGUCACCCUGGAGAGCAAUGCUGCCAUCAAGGAAGUCCAAAGACAGAAAAAUAAGGUUGAGCAGAUCUUGAAGGUGUCAGAGAUGUGUCGCAAGUUGGAGACAGAGGAGGAGAAGGUGCUGCCAUUCUACGCCUCCUCUCUCACCAAGGAGGAGCAGGAGGAUGUGGAGGCUGCAGUGCUCGAAGCUCCAUCAGAGCCACUCGCCAAUGCUAUGCACGAGUACACAUCGCUGGAGAACUUCUGGAAGCGCUUCAACAAGGUGAUGCUGGACAAGCUUGCCCUUGACAAGGAACGCCAGACUCUACUGGGUGAGAACCAACAGCUGCGCACUCUACUGAAGCAGUACCUCGACGGCAUCUCUGUCAACGACGAGAUCAUCAGCCAGGUCAACCCGCUCUUCAUCGUCAACAACAAGACCAAUGUCAAGUUGAAUGUUCCUGUACACGACCCAAGACUCCGUCGACCGGCUGCUCAAACGGUUGUGGAGGCCGCCCAUGUUGUGAAACAUACUCUUCCUAUGCGAUAGGCUGUCACGUGCAUCGCGGGGCUUUGAGAGCUCGCAUUUGGAACGCUUUUAUAUCAGUCUCUUAUGUGAAUAUUAAAUUGAAUUAGAGAUACUGUGAUAUGUAUUUUAUUUGAUAUGUAAUAAAUUUAUUUAUAAUUUA